GAGAGGAAGAACCUAAUCGGGUUGGCAGCUGAUACACUGUUCAUAUUGUUCAAUCAUAGGAUUCGUAGCUUUCUGCUAUAAGAUUCGUAGAAGGAGAGAUACAUGUGGGAAACGAUAGAGAUCUGAAGAAGGCCACUGAAUAUUGUGCUUGAUAGUGCUUGAGAAAGUUCAGGACCAUUUUGAGAAGUUUUUGAGAAGUUGUUGGUCUAUUUUGGCAUAAAUUUUUCAGCAGAAGAAGGAGAAGAACGAACUAAGUUUUCAGUCGAUUUUGGCAUAAAGUUUUUGGCAAACGAAGGUGUUUCUAUCUUUCUGAUUUUAAUGUUAUGUUACCCAUUUAAGCUGUAAUGGGGAUCUGACGGGAUGAGUUGUUAGGUUUUUUCGUUCCCAUAUUGAAGCUUACGUUUGAAAGGAUUAGUAUUAUCAGAGUUCUGUGUUUCUCUUUGAUUUCCUUUCAAUGUUCUAUUCCAGUAGUUAGCGCUUAAUCAUCAAGAUCAGAUAAUAUUUUAGUUUUCAGGUGAGGACUUGUAGUAAGUAUUUUUGCCAAAACCAAAGUUUUGAGAAGUCUAGAAGGCCUGCUGCAUAUGUGCUAGGAGGGGGCACAAAACACAGAAGAUCUGUUCACAUAUAGCAUGCCAUAGGAUUUACGUCGACUGUUCGGGUGAUUUGGUCCACUCAAAGACAUUUACUUGCCAAGGGAGUAUUAUAUUGGGACACAACAUCCUUUAGAUGAAAUCAAUAGCCUGCAAAUCCCUUCCCUUAGACUCCAUUGAAUGAGGUUCGAUUCCUAGAUAAGGUGUUUUAGCAGAUCCUAAACUUCUUAGCAGGCAUUUUCGGUACUAGCUUAGUUAUCCAUUUGUCAAUUUUCAUUACUGAAAAUGAAGGACAACUGUUAGAGUGGAAAAGCAAGAGCUGAACUUUGCUACUUCAACAAGUGGUUUGUCGGCAACAUUUCUACACUUAAAUGCAUGUUAUUAUUCUAUUUGUUUGGUAUGUGUAUGAGAUAUUUUUCCUUUGAGAUGCAAAUGCGUUAUUCAAUAUUACUCUUUUACCUUCAGGAUAUCAUAUUACUAAUACAGAGUGUCACCCACAAUGUUUGUUUCUUAUUUCAGGGACCAUCAUUUUACUUCGAAAAGUGUUCUGACCGAUUCUCCAUCAUCUAGGACUCUGAUAACAGGUAUAAAUAGCCCCGAGUGGAGGCAGUUCCGAACUGAAAGUGAAGUGAAAUCCCCAGUUUCCCCAGUCCCACAAAUCUUGAUAGAAAACAAACCCACCACCAACUUCUCUCUCCCUCGUUCUUCCAUCAACCAACAGAGGCCUUCAUUCUUCAACCCACGAAAUUCACAAGACGAUGAACACGACACUUCAUUUUAUGAUGUCCAUGGAAUUCUGGAGAAUGGGCUUCCUAUGGACUCUCAGUCUUCUCAUCUCUUACUGGAACCUCCUCUUCGCCUCCCCUCCUCCUCCUCCUCCUCCUCCUCCUCCUCCUCCUCCUCCAUCGUUCCAAUCAACAAAGCCCCUCUGCAUCAUCACCGGUGCUACUUCCGGACUCGGCGCCGCCGCCGCCCACGCUCUCUCUGCUCGCGGCUUCUUCGUUGUUCUCGUUGGACGCUCGUUUCACUUGUUAGAAAAGACGAUGGUGGAGAUUAAGAGGAAGAAUGGGAGUGCGCAACUGAAAGCUUUCGAGGUUGAUCUAUCAUCAUUGCAGUCGGUUUUUGAGUUUAGAGACUCCUUAGAGCAGUGGCUUUCCGAUUCGCAAAUGCACUGCUCGGUCCAGCUCCUGAUUAACAAUGCUGGAAUACUUGCUACGUCGUCGAGAUUCACCGCUGAGGGCUAUGAUCAGAUGAUGGCUACAAACUACUUGAGUGCGUUUGCUCUUAGUAAGCUAUUGUUACUGCUUCUCAGAAACAGCCUAACUCCUUCUCGUUUAGUGAAUGUCACAUCUUUCACACAUCGAAGUGUAUCUAAUAUACAGGCUGACAAGGAGAUAGUUUCUGGGAAGUGCUUCAGCAGAUUAAAAAGAUACCCAUUUGCUCAUGUGUAUGAGAAUUCCAAAUUGUUCCUGCUGCUAUUCUCCUAUGAGCUUCAUCGCCAACUUGACUUGAUGGACAUAUCUCGUCACAUCUCUGUCAAUGCUGUAGAUCCUGGUGUUGUUGAAACCAACAUGAUGCGAGAAAUUCCUCCAUUCCUAUCCAGUUUGGCUUUUAAAGUCUUGAGAAGUCUUUGCCUCUUGCAGUCACCUGAGGCUGGAAUUAGCUCCAUUCUUGACGCAGCACUUGCUCCACCAGAAACAUCUGGAGUUUACUUCUUCGGUGGAAAGGGCAACACUGUCAGCUCUUCAAUGCUUUCAUAUGAUGCCAAACUUGCAAAGGAACUUUGGAAUACAUCUUCUGAUCUAUUUUUAGAGUUACAGCUUGCUUUCAAGGAAUCCUCCCCUUCUGUGUUGAACUUUGUAUCAUAGGUUAAAAGUCAGUUUAUGUAUGAUGGAUGUGUCAAUGAACAGGGUUUGAGUUGGUGCAGAUAGAUGCUUUUAGGUGAAAGUAAUCUGUCGGACUUCACUAUGUCUUCCAAUGCCUUCCCCAUAUGACCAGUUCAUCAUUGUGCCUAGCUCAGUAAUUUGCCUCUGAAAGAUUGUAUUAUAGCAGCGUGGGGUACACUUAGGAAACGGUGGCCUAACAUUACAGCAGCAUAGAUUGUAGAAUAGCAGUAUAGAGUGGAUAGCUGACUAUUGGAGGGUCAAAGACAUCUCAAAAAGUUACAAAGAAGUUAUUUUUGGCUGUGGCUCAUUGAAGGAAAGAAACCAUACAGAUUUUGGAAAUGUGAUUGGUUAUUUAUAAGUCAUAUAUAUGUCUAUUAUCCCAGUGGGAGCAGACUUUGCUCCUUCAUACUUAAUCCAUAAUCUUUCACUUACCCAUAAGUGGCAUCACCCUAGUUAGCUUUUUCUUGAUUGUUGUUUGGUUUCUGUUGUCCAACAUGACAGACUUGUACUGAAUCCUUACUGUCCAAUUUUGGCCGACUUCUAGUGAUGAAUCAGUGACAUGAGGUAGCACUUGUUGACACAGGCCCUCAUCUUUCUGCUCUGAACGUAUUUUGAUUUUCUUUUCUUUUACAGUACUUGUAAUAUAAUUCUUUGCAAUUUCUUCCUUUUGUUUGAGUUUUGACAGAUCAUAUUCGUCUAUUGUCUAUAAAUUGAUAAUGAAAACAUGUCAAGGAAGAAAAAAUUAACCUGAUUUUUGAAUAGUUGGCUGAGAAUUCUAUGAAAGAAAGUGUUAUAUGGACUUGGUCAGACUAACUUGGGCAACAAACUGAGCAUCAACCAUUAAAAGAAUAAAAAAUGUUCAAGUUCUAGUAUCCGCUAUUAAACUUUAUUGAUUAUUUACUUAAUUUCUCUGAUUCGGUAUGGCACAUACGUAAUUAUAUUGUAUAUAUAUUCAUCUUGUCAAGAAUUCCCCACAAAAUCAUGUAUUUAAAGCAUACA